AUGGUUGUGAGAUCUUUUGAUAUAAAUAAAGAUUCAUUCCGACCUCAAGAAAAUGAUGAAGAGCUUCUUGGUGAUGAAACUCCAUAUCUCAGUGCUAUUGGGGAACUAAUGUACCUUGCAACUAAUAUUCGACCAGAUAUUUAUUUCGCAAUAAGUUUAUUGGCGAGAUUCAGCUCAUGUCCAACAAGAAGACAUUGGAAAGGUGUUAAGCAUAUAUUCAGAUAUCUUCAAGAAACAGUUGAUAUGGGAUUUUUUUCUGUUCAAACAAAGACUCCAACAAUGUUGUAUGAAGAUAAUGUUGCUUUCAUAGCUCAAUUAAAGGCAGGAUAUAUCAAAGGAGACCGAACAAAACAUAUUUUACCUAAGUUCUUUUUCACACAUGAUGUUCAACAAAAUGGUGAGAUAAAUGUUCAACAGAUUCGUUCGAGCGAUAAUCUUGCAGAUUUAUUCACUAAAGCAUUGCCAACGUCAAUAUUUGAGAAGCUAAGAUAUAAUAUUGGAAUGCAUCGUCUCCAAGAUAUCAAAUAA